UAGCAGUGCUGUACCUUCCAUGGAUAUAAUGGUGGUGGGUUCAGUUACAGAAGAGAAAGGAAGCACGGGUGUGCAAACUGUGGAGACCUUGCUCCGCCUCUUCCCAAUGGUCCUCUCUGUCACUGCACUAGUCAUCAUGCUCAAAGACUCCCAAACUACAACUGAUUUUGGCUCCAUCUCUUCCCUUGAUCUUGGAGGCUUCAAGUAUUUGGUGUAUGCGAAUGGGAUCUGCGCGGGUUAUUCUCUUCUUUCAGCUUUCUAUACUGCGGUUCCUCGAUCCUCCACCAUGUCUCGAGCUUGGUCUUUAUUCUUCUUCGACCAGAUAUUGACAUAUAUGAUCCUUGCGGCUGGGACAGUAUCAGCAGAGGUGGUGUACUUGGCUUACAAGGGAGAUGAAGCAGUAACUUGGAGUGAAGCAUGUGUAUCUUUUGGUGGGUUUUGUAGAAAAGCCACAACUUCAGUGAUCAUCACCUUUGCUGCAGUUGCUUGUUAUGCUGGUCUUUCUUUCAUCUCUUCCUAUCGUCUCUUUAGUAGGUUUGAUCCUCCUGUUAGCUAUCCUUCUAACAAGGGGGUUGAGAGUGCAGUAUUUCAAGGCUGAUGGUUAGAGAGAUAGCUAGAGUCCAUCUCUACUACUUUUACAUGUUACCAACCUUUGAACCAUGGAAUCAUCUUAAAGCUUAUGUGUAUUGAACCUAGCACCCAUCC